AUGCCGACCUAUCCUAUACGUCGCCGACCGCGCGAGUGCAAGACUUGUCUGCCAUGUCGGGCGAGUAAAGUCCGCUGCGAUCGUGGGUCUCCAUGCAGCAAUUGCACCAAACGCAACUUCACCUGCUCCUACGGUCGUCCUCCCUCUGCGAAAUUACCUCUUCCGUCCGUCGCCGUCACGACCUCCUCCACACCUUCACAACCACCGACUUUUGUCUCCCCGACGAUCUCGCCGUACGCUCAAUCAGCACCCACCCGGGAUGCCUCAUACGGGCCCGAACCGGCUACAUGGGAAAGCGCUGAUCCAGAUUUACCGGACAUAAUCGAUAUUUCGCAGGAGGAAUGGGAUGAGAUCAACGCCAAAAUGGUCGCAAUGGAACAGAUUAUGGGCAGUCUGCAUUCACUUUUCCAGGCCCACUCCACUCGCAAGCCGGCGGAAAUCGACCAGGUUGAUCGAAGAGCAUCCGUCCGAUCGGAAGGUGUUUAUGGAGCGAAUGUGUUGAAGACGGGUGCGGUUCAUAUUGGGUCGCGAUCGGCUUUGGUUGAUAUCUUGGACAAAUCGAAAAGGUCGGAGGACAUGGCGCUGGCGCUACCUCAGGAUGAUCUUCUCGCCGAGCUUGCUUUGGGAAACGAGUCGGCCGCGUAUCCUUUUGUCGAUUUAUGGUCUUCUGAUCCUUAUACUUUCAAUAUUGCUGGCGUAUGCGCGGUUCUUCCAGACGAUGCACAGUGUCUUCAAUUCCUAUCAUUUUAUCGAGACAUAGGUGCGGUGCUGUAUCCGGUGCUUUCUGAUAUCCCGCAGUUAGAACGACAUACUUCUCGGCUCCUCGAGGGUCGACGACGAGCCGGAGGUGUUUAUAAGCCCGACGCCAAUGGUCUGGUUAAACCGUUUGGUAUGGAUUUGGCUUUCGUCAGUCUGCUUUUUGCGGUUCUUGCAUCAGGGUGCCAAUUGUCGGACAUUCCAGAGAGUGACCGCGAGUUGACCUCAUGGGUAUACGUAUCGUGCGCAUAUCAGUGUCUUCGCAUGUUGAAUUAUGUAUCACAGCCCACUGUAGAAGUAAUUCAGAUUUUGCUCAUUAUUAGCAAUGUACUUUCAUACAACAUGAAUGCAGGCGCAUCAUACACGUUACUUGGUAUGACGGAACGCAUGUGUCUUGUACUUGGACUUCAUGUCGAAUCGACAGGGUUCUCAAUUACAGAGCAAGCAGUGCGAAGGCGUGUCUGGUGGGCAAUGGCCUUCCAGAAUAGUCAUUUCUCGCUUGCCUAUGACCGGCCAUCUAUCACCAUGGUCAGUCAACCCGAAAUUCCAUUUGACCCGAAGUCAAUGCCCGGUCAUCGGUCAUAUUUUGAAACCCUUUGUCGCAUUGUAUCGGUGUCAUUGGAGGUCUUGCGCUCUCGCAUGUUACCUGGUUCCUCGCAGUCACGAUAUCAUGAAAUUCGAGAAUACAAGCAUCAGAUCCAACGCAUGCUCACAGAAACGACUCCUCAUUUGAGGCAUCGAGAUCAUUGCCUGACUCUGGCCAACCAUAUUGAGCGCACUGAACUGCGCCUGCACUCGUCAUAUCUCCUUUCUGUCCUGUGUCGGGUGUCUCUGGAUCCGCAUGCGCAUUUAGACGAUCAUCGUCGGGCUGUUAUCCGUGAGGACUGUAUCAACAGCCUGAUCAACACCGUCGAUGCCUUUGUCGAGCUGCACGAGAUCAACGCUCACUGCUCCCGAUCAUGGAUCAGUCUGCAGCGCAGUAUCGCAUCGGCCUUUUUACUUGUCACCCAUGACGACAGCGACCGUACCUGGCAAUUAAUCGACCGACUGGAGAUGGUUCUCGCGGACCACGUGUAUGCCGAUGGUGACGAGAACCACAACAGCCGCACCGACUCCGCCAAACAUCUUUCUUCUUCGCUCCGCGCGCUGCGCGAAAUCCGCGACGCCUUCCGCGCUCGCAAGACUGCGACCUCCUCUUCGACCUCCAGCCAGACCUACUCCCCCCUCAUCCUGCCCUCGCCUCCUCACCUCGAAGCCAAGCCCGCCUUUGUGCCUGUCGUAUCGGCCGGACCCCGUAUGCAACCGAGCGAAGGUCUGAACAUGCGGAAUAUCUUAGGCCGGGUGUCGGACGUAAUGUUAUUCCCUAGCAUGAGCGGCGGGGAACCCAUUGUCUGA